AACGCGCCUGCGGCGGCCGCGAGCCUCAAAAGGGGCGGAGUUGCCGCCGCUGCCGGCGCAGCCCGGGUCGGGAUUUGAAAGAUUAAAAAUUCCGGGUGGAGAGGGCGGCGGCGUUUAAUGUGUGGCGGAAACGCUGGGGGCCACGGCUCCGCGUUGGGCCGGGCAGCCGGCAGCGUGUCGGCACCAUGAAUUAUGCGGGCCGCGGGUUACCGCGGAGCCCGGAACAUAACGGCCGGGGCGGAGGCAGCGCCUGGGAGUUGGGCUCGGAUGCGGAGCCGACGUUCGGCGGCGGUGUCUACUGCUUUGAGCACCUGCCUGGUGGGGACCUUGGCAACAACGAGGUGCCCCUAGCCCUGCUGCGCGCUGACCCCGGGCUGCACUUGGCGUCCGGCGCCGAGGACCACAACCACCACCUGGCGCUGGACCCCUGCCUUAGUGACAAGAACUAUGACUUCAGCUCGGCCGAGUCGGGCUCCUCACUGAGAUACUACAGCGAGGGCGAGAGCGGCGGCGGCGGCGGCAGCUCCUCGUCACUGCACCCGCCGCAGCAGCCUCUACUGGUGCCGUCGAACUCCGGGGGCGGAGGGGCGGCGGGAGGAGGGCCGGGAGAGAGGAAGCGCACCCGGCCCGGCGGCCCGGCCGCCCGGCACCGCUACGAGGUGGUGACGGAGCUGGGCCCGGAGGAGGUGCGCUGGUUCUACAAAGAGGACAAGAAGACUUGGAAGCCCUUCAUCGGCUACGACUCGCUCCGCAUUGAACGCGCCUUCCGGACCCUGCCGCAGGCCACGGGCGCCCGGCCCCAGGCCGAGGACCCAGACAGCGACCAUGUGUGCGGCCCGGCGGCCCCCGCAGGCCCAGCCUCCAGCUCCGGCGAGGACGAUGACGAGGAUCGCGCCUGCCGGUUCUGCCCGCGCGCGGCGAGACAGGAGCCCGAGUUGGAGGAGGUGGUGAACAUCGAGCCGGUGUGCGUGCGGGGCGGACUCUACGAGGUGGAUGUGACCCAAGGAGAGUGCUACCCGGUGUACUGGAACCAGGCAGAUAAAAUACCUGUAAUGCGUGGUCAGUGGUUUAUUGAUGGCACUUGGCAACCUCUAGAAGAAGAAGAAAGUAAUUUAAUUGAGCAAGAACAUCUCAACCGUUUUAGGGGUCAACAGAUGCAGGAAAUUUUUGAUAUUGAAGUGUCAAAACCCAUAGAUGGGAAAGAGGCUAUUCACAGUUUCAAGUUGAGUCGAAACCAUGUGGACUGGCACAGUGUUGAUGAAGUUUAUCUUUAUAGUGAUGCAACAACAUCUAAAAUAGCAAGAACUGUUACUCAAAAACUGGGGUUUUCUAAAGCAUCAAGUAGUGGGACCAGACUUCAUAGAGGUUAUGUAGAAGAAGCCACAUUAGAAGACAAGCCAUCACAGACCACCCAUAUUGUAUUUGUUGUGCAUGGCAUUGGGCAGAAAAUGGACCAAGGAAGAAUUAUCAAAAAUACAGCCAUGAUGCGAGAGGCUGCAAGAAAGAUAGAAGAAAAGCAUUUUUUCAACCAUGCAACACAUGUUGAAUUUCUACCUGUUGAGUGGAGGUCAAAACUUACUCUUGAUGGAGACACUGUUGAUUCUAUUACUCCUGACAAAGUACGAGGUUUAAGGGAUAUGUUGAACAGCAGUGCAAUGGACAUAAUGUAUUAUACUAGCCCACUUUAUAGGGAUGAACUAGUUAAAGGCCUUCAACAAGAGCUGAAUCGAUUAUAUUCCCUUUUCUGUUCUCGGAAUCCAGACUUUGAAGAACAAGGGGGUAAAGUCUCAAUAGUGUCGCAUUCCUUGGGUUGUGUAAUCACUUAUGACAUAAUGACUGGCUGGAAUCCUGUUCGACUCUAUGAACAGUUACUGCAGAAGGAAGAAGAGUUGCCUGAUGAACAGUGGAUGAGCUAUGAAAAACGACAUCUUCUUGAUGAACUCUAUAUAACAAAACGACGGCUGCGGGAAAUUGAAGAACGAUUGCAUGGAUUGAAAGCGUCAUCUAUGACACAAACACCUGCCUUAAAAUUUAAGGUUGAGAAUUUCUUUUGUAUGGGAUCUCCAUUAGCAGUUUUUUUGGCAUUGCGUGGCAUCCGCCCAGGAAACACUGGAAGUCAAGACCAUAUUUUGCCAAGAGAGAUUUGUAAUCGGUUAUUAAAUAUUUUUCAUCCAACAGAUCCAGUGGCUUAUAGAUUAGAACCGUUAAUACUGAAACACUACAGCAACAUUUCACCUGUCCAGAUUCACUGGUACAAUACUUCAAAUCCUCUACCUUAUGAGCAUAUGAAGCCAAGCUUUCUGAACCCAGCAAAAGAACCUACCUCAGUUUCAGAGAAUGAAGGCAUUUCAACCAUACCUAGCCCAGUGACCUCACCAGUCUUGUCCCGCCGACACUAUGGAGAAUCAAUAACAAAUAUUGGCAAAGCAAGCAUAUUAGGGGCUGCUAGCAUUGGUAAAGGACUGGGAGGAAUGUUGUUCUCAAGAUUUGGACGUUCAUCUUCACAGGCAUCUGAGACAUCAAAAGAGUCAAUGGAAGAGGAGAAGAAGCCACUUGCCUCUCCUCCUACUACCACUGUGGCAACGCAGACCCUUCCACACAGCAGCUCUGGGUUUCUUGAUUCUGCAUUGGAACUGGAUCACAGGAUUGACUUUGAACUCAGAGAAGGCCUUGUGGAGAGCCGCUAUUGGUCAGCUGUCACGUCGCAUACUGCAUAUUGGUCAUCUUUGGAUGUUGCCCUCUUUCUUUUAACCUUCAUGUACAAACAUGAGCACGAUAAUGAGGCGAAACUCAAUUUAGAUCCAAUCUGAACUCUUGAAGGACAUUUAAUGGCCCCAAACGGGUUUUUUUUUUUUUUUUCCUGUUAAAAUGUGUGUGUCAAGACAUGGAGAUUUCAGGUUUAAGUAUGUUUCAGUUUUGUUUAGGGCAAGAAAUAUUUGAAUUUAAAAGCACCUUACUGUAUUUGAAAGAGAAAAAGUGACCUAAAAAAGUUAUUUAUAGUUUUAAUCAUUUUGAUUAUGAACCUGACAAAACCCUUUACAGAGAGCAUCAAGCAAGACCUGGAAACAUGGGAGGUUUGGGUGAACUGCAUGUAAAGAGAAUCAGUCAUGAUCUAAUGUCUUCCAGAUAGAAAAGUGUACUAAUGGGUUGGAUCUAAUAUACUAACCAAAAUAUGUUCUAAAUCUAAAAUGGUCACGAUCCAGUGUAUUCUCGAUAACGAUCAUGAGAUGGUAUUAUUUUAGAUUUCUCUGAAGGCCUACAUUUCCACUACUUCAUUGAAAAAGCAGUAUAACAUUUUAAAUGUUUUGAGUUUAACUUUAGAAAAACUAAUGCUAAAAAAGAAACAAUAUUUGAAUUCCUGUAUUUAUAUAAUGUAUUACCUCUGACUAAUUGUUUAUUUCAGUGUAUGAAAUGCAUAUUUUUUACUGUUUCCUUUGAACAUAAUUUAAGAACCACUUUAUUUUCUAUGGUGUUAAGACCCUUUUUUCUCAGAAUUCCAUCUUUGUACUCUUCAGAUGAAUAUAUAGACACUGUGGCAUACUUUCAGUAUUUUUUUUUUCCAUUAAAAACAUGUGGUUUCAUACAAA